AUGCCGUCUCCCACGGAGCCUGCUGCUGAGGUCGACGGUGGCUCCGCCUCUGAUGAGUCCGGUGGGGGCAACGAUGAUGCUGCUCUUGGGGAAGAGACUCAGCAGAGGUCUACGGCAAGAUGGACCGAUGAGGACUGGAGGUUGUGGAACUCCGGGGGUUGGUGGGAGGCAGCUAGGAAUAGGGCACCUUCGACGGAAACCACCCCGACACCUGAUGGGGAACACUCAGAUGGCCAUGGAACUGGGUAUGUACGUAGGUCGUAUACCACUAGGUCUUCUGACCCUUGGUUGAACCCUUGGAAAGACCCAUGGACUAGUAGCCAACAUGGGAGUCAGAGGGAUGAGGUUCCUGAUGAACGUGGAGGUGGCAACGACAAGAUCGUGGCCCCAGAGUUUUCUGGGGAAGAGGACCGUGAUGGAACUCGUGCUCGCAGCUACUUGAGGAAGAUCGAGGCAUGGCGGAGGGUUACCAGGCUCAAACCCAACAAGCAGGCCUUGGUCUUGUACAACGGCCUCACUGGUAAAGCAUGGCAUGAUGCUGAGGAGAUCGAUGUGAAGAUGCUUGACUCCAACGACGGUGUCGAGAAGUUCAUCGGCUGGAUCACCCAGCGCUACCUGGACAAGGAGGUCGUGAAGGCGGGCAGGUACAUGAGUGACUUCUUCAAGCUCUUUAAGCGGGGCACGAACCAGGACAUCAGGGACUACAACAGCGAGUUCGAUCGCCAUCUUACGAAGCUCAAAGAGGUUGGCUGUGUUUUGCCGGGAGUCUGCAGCUCAUGGUGGUACAUCGACAAGCUGAGGUUGGACAAUGCAACGGAGUUGAGCCUCUUGUCAUCCGUCAACAACCAGUAUGACUUGGGGCGAUUGCAAGAAGCUGCAGUUGUGCAGGACCGCAUGAACCGGCGCCUUUGGGAGACCGGGCGGAGAAGUGACAACAAGGACAACAAGAAGAACCAGCAGGCCUACAUGACUGAGCUUGACGACAUCCCUGAGGACAUGGAGGACUUCGAGGAUGCCGAGGACUUUGACGAGACCUACGUCCCUGACGAUGAGGACCCUGAAGCCCACGAGGCAUUUGUGGCCUUUCAGAAUGCCAAGGCGAAGUACAACAACGUGCUGAAGGCUCGUGGCACUACUUUGACUAAGAGCCGUGAGGAAGCUCUUAGUCGAGCGAAGGCACGAUCUUUCUGUUCGGCAUGUGGCAAGAAGGGCCAUUGGCAUAAGGAUGCGGAGUGCCCCAAGAACAAGGGCACGGGAGCUGCAGUGGCUCCCCAUGUGACCCACGUCGUCUUCUAUGCGGAGGGCACCCAGUUGGACACCAUCGUGGACUGUGCGUGCAGCCGCACGCUGGCGGGAACUAUGUGGUGCAGGAAGUACAUCGAGCUGGCGAAGGACAACGGCAUCUCCUACAUCAUCAUCAACCAGGACGAGACCUUCAAGUUUGGUGGGCCGAAGCUCUACCCGUCCAAGAAGGCGAUCAUCGGGUGGCUGGCCAUUCAAGGCCGUUGGUUUUUGAUCAAGAUAGCUCUGGUGGCAGCACAAGUGCCGCUUCUCUUGAGCCGGCCCGUGCUGGGCUCACUUGGAAUGAACUACAAGAUGGACAUCAAUGUGGCGGACUUCACAAAGCUUAGCCUUGAGCAUGUCAAGCUUGAUUUCACGACUUCUGGACAUCCCAGAGUCGAUGCUGUGAAUUUUGGACCAAAGGCCCCGCUCUGGCCGGAGAACAUCGACUGGAGUGUGACAGAAGUGCACAUCCCCGACACGGCAUCUGCUGCGUCCCGAGCAUACAUGGCGAGUGCUGCUUCUGUUGGGACCGCUCCCAAGUCGCCAUGGAAGAUGACUCGUGCGGAGCUCAUCCAACAGCUGGAGGAUCUGGACAUCCCAGUGAGGUACGAGUGGGUGCCAGAGCUGAGGGCGACUCUCUUGGAGACGCUGGACACCAAGGGGGACCACACCUACAAGGCGGUCGGCAUCUCACACAUGUCGCUGGACGCCUUGAAGGAGAAGUGCAGCCAGGAGGGCAUCCUCUUGCCGCCGCGUCCCUCACGGGGGUUGCUCAUGAAGCUGCUGCGGGAGAACACUCCACCGACCGGCGAGGAGAAGGUGUGCUUCGGGAGCUACAAGGGCUUCAUGUACAAGGAGGUCAAUUGGAGCUACCUGAACUGGGCGAUGAAGGAGGUGGAGACGAACCCCAACCACAGCCCAGACUUGGCACGUCUGGCUCGCUGGGCACAAGCCGAGAAGUCCAAGCCCCCUCGCGGUGGAACUUCCUCCGUGAGUGGGGAUCCAGAACGUUCGGCCGUUCUGCCGAUUCCUCCGGAAGCGCUUCCCAAGGCCAAGCCCAAGAUGGAGAAGAGCAACAUGAAGACAGCGAGAACAUCGAGGACACGGCCUCUGGCGUCGGAUUCCGAGGGGUUCAGUCUGGUGUCCGAGCCCGAGAUGAGCACGGAGGAUCAGAUCAAGGACAUGGAGUCUCGACUUCAGGCCAAGAUGAAGAAGAAGGCAUACUGGGACAAGGUCGAUCAGCUCCACAAGAUGCGCAUCGAGAUGAAGAGGAGGAGCUGCUACAUCACUGCCGAGUACGACGCCCUUGACGAGCCCUACAACGUUGAGGAGACUACAUCCGUCACGGAGCUCUCCAUCCCUGAGGAGAACAUCGUCUCUGAUGCCGAGGAGGACCCUGACGUGAUCGACCUUGACGACUAUGACACCGAUAAGGAGACCGGGUUUCCCAGGAUCAAGUUGACCUACCCGGAGGACUAUGAUGAGGUGAGGAAUCUGCCCUCAAAAAGGAUGAAGAGGGUGGCCAAGAAGCGUGUCAAGGGCUGGGUCCAUCGGACAUUGCUCUGCCUUACAACGACGUUGGUUGCACUUUCCACUCCCGUGGUGGCAGAGUUGAACGAUGCUAUCCUGGAGCCAGCCAAAGAUCUUUGUAAGGCCGUGCUGGGGCCCAAUGCUCUUCAGGGUAAGAGGGAGGAGAUUGCUCUCCUUGAGCUAUUUGCUGGAUCCGCUCACCUUACAAUGGAGUUUGCUCGACAAGGCCAUCACGUCUUGGAGCCUCGAGACAUCCUUUAUGGCCACGAUCUCUUUGACCCGCUCCAGCAGGAGUCGGUCUUCAACGACAUUCAGUAUAAGAGGCCCAAGCUCUUGUGGAUCGCUUUGCCUUGUACCAAGUGGUCUACUUGGCAGAGGUACAACUAUGCCCAUCGAAAACAGCAACUACGCCGAGAACGUCAGAAGCAAAGGAAGUUGGUGCACUUCGCUGUGGAGGCGGCUUGGCACCAAGUGUCAAUGGGCAACGAGGUGAUGUUCGAGCACCCCAAGUACUCGGACAUGUGGACAGAUCCAUCUAUGCAGAGCUUUAUGGAGUGUGAACAUGUGGUCGCGGCCGAUUUGGACAUGUGCCGUUAUGACCUGAGGGCCGUCACGGAUGGCGGUAGGCUCAGGAAACCAACCAAGGUCGUGGCCACCAAUCCCAACUUGGUGAAGGAGCUCACCCGGACUUGUCAUGGAGGCCAUGAACAUACUCCCACUGAGGGUCGAAACACCAAAGCUGCAGGGAUGUACACCCGCACUUUCUGCAAGGCUGUGAUUGAGGGGUACAAGAAUACUGAUAGAAGCGUAUGGUUUCAACCUGGAGACCACGCUGCUGCCAAGACCACGUGGGAGAACUACGUGGCCAACAAUGAGGGUGACUUGACAGCAACAUCUGGCAACAAUAUGUCCGGCAUCGAGUUCCCCGAGAACGUGCCUGCAGCAUUGGGUAAAGCACUGAGGCGUGUCCAUCAGAACCUUGGGCACCCGGCUAACCAUGACUUAGCCCGACAUCUCAAGUUGUCUGGUGCGAGUGAAGCUGCUGUGAAAGCGGCCCAAGGCUUACGCUGCACCACUUGCAAUCGGAAAGGCAAUCCAGGAACAAGGAGGCCAGCCAAAUUGGUUCGCCCCAUGGAGUUCAACCAAGAGGUCUGCCUCGACACGCUCAACCUCCUGGACGCCGAGAAGAAGAAGGUUGAAGUCUUGUCCAUCGUGGACACCGCCACGGGGUACCAUGUAGUGAAGAAGAUUAGAGGCCGCAAGUCAGCUGACUUGUUGGCCGAUUUCACUGACGCUUGGCUCACUUGGGCCGGGCCACCUUUGAAAGUGACAUGUGACCAAGAGAGAGGUUUCAUUAAGGACUUCGUGGACGGUCUUGAGAUGGUGGGCAUCCAGGUGCGCUUCAUUGCUGGACAGGCACAUUGGCAACAAGGAAUAGUUGAACGUCAAGGCCAGUGGUACCGGGCCAUUUGGGACCGGACUAUUGCCCACAGUCAACCACUGCCACAUGAGAUCGAGUAUACCCUAGCCAUGGUUUCCGCAGCCAAGAACAACCUGAGGAGGAAACACGGCUAUUCACCUGCACAAUGGCUUUUUGGAGCAGAACCUCGUCUAGGAGAUGCCAUGCUGGACGAGGACGCCAACCUCUACACCAAGGAGGAAUUGAGGUCACCUGAUGAAGUCUGGAGAAGGAGGCAAGCAAUUCGUCUGGCAGCCCGAGAAGCUUUCAUGCAGACCCAGGCUGAUGAUGCUCUCAAACGAGCCCUACUUGGCCGACCACGUACCGAUCAGGAAAUCUAUGAACAAGGAGACUACGUCUACAUCUUCAGGGUCAACAAGACGACAGGUGGUGUGGCACGUAAGCGCCAAAACGUCGGUGAGUGGAUCGGCCCUGGUGUAGUGGUCGGUAAAGAGGGUAGCUCCUACUGGGUCUCACGAGGUGGUCGUUGUGUUCUAUGUGCUGCAGAACACCUUCGCCCUGCAGAAUCUGAGGAGCUUGGCAUGGCCUUUCAGACCAAGGUGGUGAAGGACGACUUGAUGAGGUUGGCACACCGCCUGGACAACAGCGACGACGAUGAAGCCUUCGCUGAUGCGAUGGAUGAAGUGAGACCGAAGAGAGAGAUCAACUAUGAGGCGGUGCCAGAGCGAAGGCUGAGGACUAAAGGGGUGGUGCGAAUGCAUAAACGACCGGUCCCUGAAGGAGGAGACACUCAAGCUCAUCGUGGCCGUUCUCUUCCACCAGUACCCGAUGAUGACAUCGAGGACAUGUUGGAUCAGGAAGUUGAGCAAGCAACAUCUUCCAGACCGGCAGCACAGGCACUGAUGGUGGAAAAGAGGGUGCCUCGUUCAACCAUCAAGCAGCAUGAUAAGGAAAUCCGAUGGGAAGACAUCCCUGAGGAAGAGAGGGCCUGUUAUGUCAACGCGGAGAAGAAGCAAUGGACCGAGCACCUUCACUACGAAGCUGUACGAGUGCACCCACCUGAAGAUGCAGCGCUUUUGAGGAGGAAGGUGCCCAAAGAACGUAUCCUCCGGGCGAGGUUCGCCUACCGGGACAAGCACGCCGCGAAACGACGUGAAGAUGCUUCACUACCUCCAAAGGCUAAGGCGAGGCUGUGCAUUGGGGGUCAUCAAGAUCCUGAUCUGCAGAAGGGCGAGGUCAACACCGAGGCUCCUACUGCUUCAAGAAUGUCUUUGCUCACCUUGCUCUUCCUGGCGGCACAGUUUGGAUGGCAGCUAGCAGCUGGCGACGUGGAGGCCGCCUUCCUCAACGGGAUUGAGUCCAAACGUGGGCUCUACUUUGAGCCCCCACGCCGUGGCUUACCGGGAGUGGAACCAGGCUCCCUCAUCGAGAUCGUGAAGGGGGUCUUUGGUCUUUCCAACUCACCCAGACUUUGGUGGGACAAAUUAGCCAAAGAACUCAAGGAGCUGAAGAUCAAGGUUGGUGACGACACCCUCACUUUGAGUCAUCACGACCUUGACCCAUGUUUCUUUCCCCUACGAGAUCAACGCGGUCAAUUACGAGGAGGUCUGAUCACUCAUGUCGACGACCUGCUCAUCGCUGCCCCUCCUUCGGAGAUGGGACAACUGCAGGUGGAACUUUCAGGAUUGUUCCCCAUCGCAGAGUGGGAAUCUGGUAACUUCGACUACACGGGCGCUACCAUCAAGCAGGUGGACCAGGUCAUCGAGCUCUACCAGACUGACUAUGUCAACACUCGCUUGGAGGCCGUGGAGAUUCCAAAGAACGUGGAGACAGAGGAGAUUGCCGACCAGGUCACCAAGCAGGAUAACAUGAGCACUAUUGGCGCCCUUUCCUGGCUGGCAUCACAAACCAGACCAGAUCUCCAGGCUGGAGUCUCCCUUUCUCAAAGACGACAGCGUGACCCCACAUUCCAAGAUGUGAAGAACACGAACAAGCUGGUCAAGAUGGCACAGGCUGGGAAGGGUGAACCUCUUCAGUUCACUAAGGUGUCCGAUGGAUUGGAUGACCUACUCUUGCUGGUAUAUCAUGACGCAGCUUGGGCUAACGCUACGCUGGAUCCCAACCACGAGCUUCCUGAGGACUAUGAAGCGGCUGCUGGACAUGGGGUGUACUCCCAACUUGGGCAUCUGCUGCUCAUGACGAGCCGCGCUGCUUUGUCAGGCCAAGAAGUGCCAGGCACCGUGGUAGGAUGGAAGUCACACGGGUGCCCACGUGUUUGCCGUAGCACUUUUGCGGCAGAAGUCAUGGCAGGAUUGGAAGGUUGGGAAGAGGCCUUAUGCUUCCGCUCUUUCAUUGCGGGAGCCUUGUCGGCUCAACCUGGCGGGCUUCGCGAGGCCAAUGCAAGGGCCCUUUUUCCCAUAGUCAGUUUGACUGACUGCAAGUCCGUGUACGACAACGUCCAUCGUGUGGGAGGACCAAGAGCACCAAGUGAGAAGAGAUUGGUAGUGGACCUCACGGCCCUGAGGAUGAUGGUUGGCGAAGAGGCGGCCUACUGGGGCGGCAUCAUUCAUGGAGCCCGGACAUUGCGUUGGCUCCCUACAGGAAUGCAGCUCGCAGACAUCCUCACGAAGAUCAUCCCAGAUGUGCGUAGCUGGUGGGCCAACACGCGCACCAUCAAGCUGCCUUUUUCAUCCCCUGCAAGUCCAACGUAA